UGUAGUUGAGUUGAGAUAUUCAGGUUUGGGACCGGUUACAGAUAUUUAGACACAUUCAAGCAAACAAACACAACAGGCAGAAGCAGCUGCUCAUUUCUGCACAGUGGCUCAUUAAGUUUUCCAUCACCUCCAGCUUCCAUUAAGGCUCGUCUAUUUGUAACUCGGCGGCCUCGGGGCAAGUUGCCGAGGUAUGAUGACCGAAUUGUGGCUUUUUCACUGACUUCAUUAUUCAUGUUAGACAAAGCGCCGCUCUCUCUGGUGUAUCAAACUGCACCGUGCCACAGAUUCCUGUAGGCGCCCUUCUCGCCAUGCGCUCUCUCCGGGUCGCAGCUUGACGCACUCGGGGAGGACGGUCCUCAAAUGUCACAUCGCCGAGGGAGGGAGAAGGAGAGAGACAGAGGAGGAAACUUAUUUGCGCAAUUGCGAUUUAUACAUUUUAUGGCAAAAGAGGGAAAGCCCCAACUACGCCGGUAACCUUUACAUGCUCAGCAUCUGCCUGGAACCGAGGAAUCCUCCCCUCUCUCAGUGGAGACAAGAGCUGCGUCCUCCCAGUCCGUUCAUGCCGGAUAAAGUUUGCGCGCCGCUUGGCAGAGGAGAGAGGACAAAGACUCGGCUGAACACCGUUUGUAUAAACUUGUAGGAAAGUCGCACUGAAAUGGGCACACUGCGCGACCUCCAGUACGCGCUCCAGGAGAAGAUCGAGGAGCUGCGCCAGAGGGACGCGCUCAUCGACGAGCUGGAGCUGGAGCUCGACCAGAAGGACGAGCUCAUACAGAGAUUGCAGAACGAAUUGGACAAAUACCGCUCCAUCAUCAAGCCGGCGACCCAGCAGGUCCACAAGCAGACCGACCUGCAGGAGCAGCAGCGGACCAAGAGGCAGGCGAUCUCGGCCGAACCCACCGCCUUCGACAUCCAGGAUCUCAGCCAUGUCACCCUACCUUUCUACGCGAAAAGCCCACAGUCCAAGGAUCUGAUCAAAGAAGCCAUCUUGGACAAUGACUUCAUGAAGAACCUGGAGCUGUCUCAGAUCCAGGAGAUCGUGGACUGCAUGUACCCUGUGGAGUAUGGGAAGGACAGCUGCAUCAUUAAGGAAGGCGACGUGGGAUCGCUGGUGUAUGUCAUGGAAGAUGGUAAGGUGGAGGUGACAAAGGAAAGCUUGAAGCUCUGCACCAUGGGGCCAGGAAAGGUGUUUGGGGAGCUGGCUAUUCUCUACAACUGCACCAGGACAGCCACUGUCAAGACCUUAACAAAUGUGAAGCUGUGGGCCAUCGACCGACAAUGCUUUCAGACGAUCAUGAUGAGGACGGGGCUCAUUAAACACACGGAGUAUAUGGAGUUUCUGAAAAGUGUCCCCACGUUUCAUGAUCUACAGGAAGACAUUCUGAGCAAGCUUGCUGAUGUCCUCGAAGAGACGCAUUAUGAAGAAGGAGAGUACAUCAUCAGACAGGGGGCCAGAGGCGACACUUUCUUCAUUAUCAGCAAGGGAAAGGUUAAUGUGACCAGGGAAGAUUUGCCCAACGGAGAGCCUGUGUACCUCCACAGCCUAGGAAAAGGUGACUGGUUUGGAGAGAAAGCACUGCAAGGCGAGGACAUAAGAACAGCUAACGUCAUUGCAGCAGAGGCAGUCACCUGUUUGGUUAUCGAUCGAGAUUCAUUCAAGCACUUGAUUGGAGGUUUGGAAGAUGUUUCUAAUAAAGGCCAUGAGGACGCCGAUGCCAAAGCCAAGUAUGAAGCAGAAAAUGCAUUUUUCUUCAAUCUCAAUCUGGCUGACUUCAACAUCAUAGACACCCUAGGGGUCGGGGGCUUCGGACGUGUUGAGCUGGUUCAGCUAAAGAGUGAUGAGAACAAGACUUUUGCCAUGAAGAUCUUGAAGAAACGACACAUUGUUGACACAAGACAGCAGGAGCACAUUCGAUCUGAGAAGCUCAUUAUGCAAGAGGCUCACUCUGACUUUAUUGUCAGACUGUAUAGAACAUUCAAAGACAGCAAAUACCUCUACAUGUUGAUGGAAGCAUGUUUAGGCGGGGAACUGUGGACCAUACUUCGGGACCGGGGUUCUUUUGAGGACUCAACCACCAGGUUUUACACAGCUUGUGUAGUGGAAGCUUUUGCUUAUCUGCAUUCCAAAGGAAUCAUCUACAGAGACCUGAAACCAGAGAAUCUUAUAUUGGACCACAGGGGUUAUGCCAAACUGGUGGACUUUGGCUUUGCCAAAAAAAUUGGGUUUGGGAAGAAAACCUGGACCUUCUGCGGGACACCGGAGUACGUAGCACCGGAGAUUAUUCUGAACAAAGGCCAUGACAUUUCGGCCGACUACUGGUCUCUUGGAAUCCUGAUGUUUGAGCUCUUGACUGGCAGUCCACCUUUCUCUGGCCCUGAUCCAAUGAAAACCUACAACAUUAUCCUGAGAGGCAUCGAUAUGAUUGAAUUUCCAAAGAAAAUCACCAAAAACGCUGCCAACCUAAUCAAAAAGCUAUGCAGGGAUAAUCCUUGUGAAAGACUUGGAAACUUGAAAAAUGGUGUCAAAGACAUCCAAAAGCACAAAUGGUUUGAGGGCUUUAAUUGGGAAGGUUUGAAAAAGGGGACAUUGACGCCUCCUAUUAUCCCUAAUGUCACAUCAGCAGUCGACACAAGUAACUUCGACAGCUUCCCUGAGGACAACGAGGACCCGCCUCCUGACGACACCUCUGGCUGGGAUGUUGACUUUUGAAGUUCACCUCUCUCCACUUAAAACCAAAAGAAACUCUUCUUUUGUAGGCUUUUAAUGGCUUGGAAGCCAACUCAGAGGACAACUCAGAGUUGUUUGUAGAAAAAGGAACUGCAUUAAAAAUGAAAGAGAAGAUAUGGAAAUGAUGAUGGAUGGUAAACCCUCUGGGUCACCGAUAUGCCUUUAUUUCACUGUGGCUCUGGAUAAAGCAUUUAUAUUGGGACUGCUGUAGCACUUCCUCAGUGUUGUCUUAUACUCAAGUUUAUAGGUAAAGAAAGCACAGGGAUACUCAGACAUUUACACACACAUACAACAUAGCCUGAUACUGGAGCCAGGUUUUCCCCUGUAACAGGGAAGGUGUUUAUUGGAUGUAUGAAUGUGUGACAACUUAACUAAGUUUGAAUUCUAGGGUUAACAGGAGGGUGAAAACAGGGAAAGUUGCUCAGAAAUAAAGCAACUUUUGUCAAUUUUAUUUACAAAGUCUGUCUCUGCAGAACUGUUCGCUGGACUUUGGGAUAGGUUAUAAUGUUACUGCAGCUGCUGCCUGGUUUGUGACACGCAGCUACUUGCAACAAUCUAUGAUACUUUCCACAGAUGUACACACUAUAGUUUCCAGUUAUCAAGUGCUCAAGACUAACCUGAAUGUCAACGAUUCUCUUCUUAUUUAGCAUACCUGCAUAACAUUAAGCUAUGUGUGGCACAUAGUGUUUGAAUAUACCAGUUACAUUGUCAUACAUGAACAUAAACAAAACGCUUAGUACGCUUCCUAUGAGUUUUAUCUACCUUGAAAAGCACAAACACUGUGCAUUCAGUGGAAAGAGUCAUGACUCUUUAAGUGCCCUGCUUAAAGCUUAAUGAAUCAAACACAUCUGCACACAUGACAGCUCGGCUAGCAUCUCCAUGAAGCAGUGUGUCAUUAUGCACUUAAGAAAAUUAACUGAACGGUUAUAAGUCUGUUUUAAACCUUAGUAUGAGUCAAAUUCUUUGUCGCCGUUUUAUUGUGCUUCAAGAUUACAUUCUGCUUUUUGUUUUUAAAUCCAUUAAAAUCCUUAUUGCCGCUCACCAAAUCCCAAUGUUCCCCGUUUGCUCUUGUACAGCUCUGAAAUAACUGUGAACCUGGUUUCAGUGUCUUUGGUGCUGUUGGUGAAUUAUGAUCAGCAAUGUUGAGAUGACAGUACUGUUUAUUGUUUUGUACUGUGAUUCUUUCGCCCUCUUUUGUUGUGCCAGAUUACUUUGUGAUGUAAUUGAUGUCAUGCUUUAGAGAAAUGGAGACUUGUGUAAGUUUUCAAACUUGAGUGAAAAUCUUGACACCAUGUUACAUUGUGCUAACUGUAAUUUUAACUAAAAUGAGUCAAAUUUGACAAUCUCUCCUUACCCAAAUUUAACCAUCUCCCCAAGCUAAAUUUGACCAAACUUUCUCUUUCAGCCAGCUUCAUAAUGCCUUUGAGGUCAAUUCAACAAUAGUGAACCAGAUACUUUUGUUGGCACUCUUGACAAAGAUGUGUAAAUGCCUUAAAAUAAAUUUGUCGUUUAUUUUAGUUUUUUAAAAAAUUACAAAAAAGUAAACUUUUUAUUUGACUUCAUUUAGUCAGUAUAAAAACCAUUAAGAGUUAGUUGUUUUUAACAGAACUGUUUGCACUCCAGCUACCAAUGCAUUAUACAAAAUCGCUUUAUUAAAUGAGACAAUAGUUGGACUUAUCUAAUAACAUUUUCCAAGGACAGAGUUUCUUCUUUGCACAAUAUGUCUUGAUUGUCUAGAGUUCUGGAUCCUUUCUUAUGCCUUCUUCUCUUCAGCUCAUCCCCAAAUUUUUCUAUAAAGUUCAGGUUUGGAGAUUGUGUUCGCAAUGGAAGAUGGUACAUUUUGUCUGGGAAUUAUUUCUGUGGUUGCCACUUGCAUUGCCUUCUAAAAUAUACAAAUAAAAUCUAUUUCAGUUUUCCUGCAGAGUCCACCAGAGGCUUAUUUAAGAUAUCCUGGAAUUUCAGAGUUGGUUAUGCUGUGCUCUCUAAAAAUCAAACAGGUCCACAAUUUAACAUAUCUGCCACCACACUUUACAGUGGGUCUGAUGUGUUUUUCUUCAUAUUCAUUUGUUGUUUCACUCUAAACCCAUUCAAAAUGUUUGUUCAUGCAAUACCGAAUCUUAAUGUCCAAGACAAUAUUACCCAAGGUCCCAAAUAUGGGGCUCUUUGUAGCAAUUCACUAACAGGCGAACUUUGUCUCUUUCAUCUAUGUGCUUACUCUUUACUGUGGCAAUAUAGACCAGGGACCCUCACGUUCUCUAGUGGGUUUGUGUACUAUAUUUUUUCACAGAAAAAGUUAUGGUUUAUGAAUUACAAGGUUGUAUAUAUCAUGAUCAACUGAAAAAUAAAAGUAUGAGUUUAUUUUUUUAA